CUAUGAAAACUCACCUCAAUGCGCACAGUCUGUGUCAGCCGACGGUAGAGUAAUCAUACGAAUUUCCGAGCCUCUCCUGAAAGUUUUGGCUCGUUGCGAGUAUUUCCACCAAUACCCAGUUUCCCACCUUAUAUUGCAGUAUAAUCAUGAUGGUAUCGAUCAAACAAAUAUCCAAACAUCAUCAUAACCCCGGAGCAUGUGUCUCGGAAAAGAACUCUUUAAAUUUUUAAGAUAAAAUGUCAAAUCUGCACGAAAAGUUGCGCAAAUUCCGAGCCGUAUAUUAUAAAAAUAAGUGUUUCUUACAGUCAGCCGUUUUAGAUCACUCGUUUUAAAAGUAGUGAAGUAAUACAGAUUCUAAAGCUUCGAUAACGAGUAAAAAAUUAUAUAUGAAUAAAAAGUUGGGUUAUCAGUAUAAUUCGGACAUUCGAAAUUUCCUAAAUUUGAACUUGUAAUCAUUCCACUUGAGGUUCGAGAUCCGCUGACACUAAAUCUACUGAAAUACCGAUACCAUUGGAAUUUGUAUUCAUUCAUUUGAAAAUGUUCAAGAAUACUUUCCAAAGUGGUUUCUUAUCCAUUUUGUACAGCAUUGGCAGCAAGCCCCUGCAAAUUUGGGAUAAAAAAGUGAGAAAUGGUCACAUAAAGAGGAUCACGGACAAUGACAUUCAGAGUUUAGUUUUGGAAAUUCUUGGUAGUAAUGUCAGCACCACUUACAUAACGUGUCCAGCCGAUCCGAGAAAAACUCUCGGGAUAAAACUGCCAUUUUUGGUGAUGAUCAUUAAGAACCUGAAGAAAUACUUCACAUUUGAAGUGCAGGUAAUAGACGAUAAAAAUGUCCGACGCAGAUUUCGAGCAAGUAACUAUCAGUCAACGACAAGAGUGAAACCAUUUAUAUGCACAAUGCCAAUGCGAUUGGAUGAUGGAUGGAACCAAAUCCAGUUUAACCUUGCGGACUUCACCCGAAGAGCUUAUGGGACAAAUUAUGUAGAAACUCUGAGGGUUCAAAUUCACGCAAAUUGCAGAAUACGCAGAGUGUACUUUUCUGAUAGACUCUAUUCGGAAGAUGAGCUACCUGCAGAAUUUAAGCUCUUCCUUCCUAUACAAAACAAAGCAAAGUGUUGAUUUUAAGUAACUACUAUUUUAAAAAUGAACUCAUACAACAAAGAUUUUCCUUUUCUUACCGCAUACUUGAAUGCAAACUAGACAUAAUUUAUAGAAUAAAUAUUUCUCUCCAUGUGCCUUCA